AUGAUGACAUCAUCGUAUCGUCGUGAUCGAUCACAUUCACCAUAUAAUAAUAACAACAAUAAUGAUCAUGAAGAAAAUGGCUGUCGUAUUCAUGUUGCUGAUCUUUCAUCGAAAUGUACUAAACGUGAAAUAGAAAAAGCAUUUGAUAAAUGGCCAUUAAUUGAAGUAUGGCAUGCCAAAGCAUCAUGUUUUGCUUUUGUUGUUCUGCGUCAUCGCGAAGAUGGGCAACGAGCCAUCAGCGAACUCGACGGCAGAUGUAUUGGUGAUGCACGUAUUCGAGUUUCUUUAGCUCGACCACGAACACGUGGUGGUAGUGAUCGAAGAAAUUUUGAUCCAAAUAUGCGAUGUUAUCAAUGUGGUUCUCGAGGUCAUUUUAGUCGAGACUGUGGUAAUGAUCAACGAAAUUUUAAAAGAAAUGAGAAUGGAUAUCGAUCACGUUCAGGUGAUCGUCAUCGUGAACGUUCAUAUUCACGAUCUCGUUCUCGAUCACCAUUUCGGCGAGUUACUCGAGAUAAUCGCCGUUAUAGUCCUCGACGAACAUCAUCUUAUUAUGAAUCUCGAGAGAAUGGAUCUGGCUAUUAUACAAGUCCACCUCGAAUGUGA